UUAAUGCAAAUACAAAAGAGAUUUUCACUAAAAUAUCCAAUAUGUACGAUUUACAUUUGCCUGAAUAUUUUGCAAGGAUCUCUCGCUAUGUACGAGAGCUCGUGUUCAUAUCAGAGUGCCCUGGACCUCAAGAGAUGUACCAAUAUCAAGAGCGAAGACUGCAUGAGCGGGACUGGAGACUGGGGUUGCGCUUACCGGUUUGCCUGCAACUCCUCCACGUUCGAACAACUGAAACAGAGUGUAGAGAAGGCCAAGGCAGCUCUGCAGGACCGAGGGUCCUACCUCAGCUCCGUCAGUGGCAGUGCCUUCAGCGACCUCGCCUCAGCACCGUUCUGUGCUGCACCUCCCACGCUGCACACCCCCACACCCGACCAUCGCCGUGACGACCACACGGACAAGAGACAUCACAACCGAGGGUCCUACCUCAGCUCCGUCAGUGGCAGUGCCUUCAGCGACCUCGCCUCAGCACCGUUCUGUGCUGCACCUCCCACGCUGCACACCCCCACACCCGACCAUCGCCGUGACGACCACACGGACAAGAGACAUCACAACCGAGGGUCCUACCUCAGCUCCGUCAGUGGCAGUGCCUUCAGCGACCUCGCCUCAGCACCGUUCUGUGCUGCACCUCCCGCGCUGCACACCCCCACACCCGACCAUCGCCGCGACGACCACACGGACAAGAGACAUCACACUUGUAGACCGACCUACCUCAGCUCCGUCAGUGGCAGUGUCUUCAGCGACCUCGCCUCAGCACCGUGCUGUGCUGCACCUCCCGCGCUGCACACCCCCACACCCGACCAUCGCCGCGACGACCACACGGACAAGAGACAUCACAGUAUGGACUCACAAACGCGUCUCGAUAAGAAUGGUCUUCAUUUCUCUUCAGGUUCAGGCCUAAGUCCCGGAUCCAAAAACUCCUACUUCUCAUCGUCCCUGUCCGAAACCCUUAGAGCGUCUUCCAAAACAGGGAUGACGCCUCCACGGGUGGAAAAGCUAAGGGAGACUCAUCCUGGGAAACUGAUAAUUGUUGGAAUCGACGUUGUAGAAUUAUUGGGAGGACCAUGGAACACAGCGACUACUACAUCAGCUGACUACCUCAGUCGCACCCCCACGUUCACCAACUUCUCCAUGCUGUUUGAUACUUCGUACAAAGGUUCAUGGACGGCUCAUACACCUACACCUACACAAGGAUAUGGCAAUUCCCUGGCGGUUGCGAAGUCCUCACUCGACCCUCACAGUCAUCUCAGACAACCAGACCCUUACCAGAUGUUCGGGCCUACAAGCAGCAGAUUGGCCAGCUCAGGCUCCGGACAGAUACAGCUGUGGCAGUUCCUCCUGGAGCUCCUCUCAGACUCCACCAACGCCAACUGUAUCACCUGGGAAGGCACCAACGGCGAGUUCAAGCUCACGGACCCGGACGAGGUGGCGAGGCGGUGGGGUGAGAGGAAGUCUAAACCCAACAUGAACUACGACAAGCUCAGUAGGGCACUUAGGUAUUACUACGACAAAAACAUAAUGACGAAGGUGCACGGCAAGAGGUACGCGUACAAGUUCGACUUCCAGGGUCUAGCAGCAGCUACGCAACCCGCCACAGCAGACCCAGCGGCCUACAAGUACCAGAGCGACCUGUUCAUGUCAGGAUACCACCAUUCUACCAAGCUCAACUUCAUGAGUCCUCACGCUGGCAUUCCCUCCUCCUCAGCAAUAACGUUCCCCUCUCCGACCUCCUACUGGACCAGCCCCGGAGCCAACCUCUACAGCAACAUCGCCGGCAGCUCCAUGUCUCACCACCCCUCUCACGUAGGCUCCCAUCUCCCUUCCUACCCACAUUACGCAUGACCACACUACCACUCCCUCCCCAUCGUGUAGCCCCCGACUGUGAUGGACUAGAUGUCACGUCGUGAGUACGCAGGUACAAUCCACACCAAACACAAACGGUUAAGAAUGUGUUAGCGAAAUUGUCAGAAUUUUCUUUUUCAUGUCUGAUGUUCUUAACUGUUUGUGUAUUCUUUCUCGAUGCUCUGUUCCAUGUUUAAAUUGAAUUUUGGCUUUCUGCAGAGAUCUGAUAAUUGGGCUAAAAUUAGUGUUUCUUAUUUUAAUAUAUGAAAAAACAUAAAACGAACAAAAAACAUUCUGUAUAAAAACUAUUAAAGAUUAUUAUUUUCUAAAUAACUACUACUGUUGGACUCAUGCUGAGGGAAUAUUGACCUGGAACAAAGUUAAGAUAGUCAAGUGCGGUUUUUGUUUUUGGUGUUUUUUUUUCGACCAAUGUCUUAUUUAUCUAUGGUUGUAACUUCCUCGACGAGUGGUAAAGCUUAAGACAUAGUUCACCUUCGCAUUUAAAAACGUGCUGUAAAUCAAAUGACUUCAGAAAUCAUAUUAUAUUAUGUUGUUCAAUUUUAGCAUAUUUUAGUGAUGUUACCUCCAGAAAUAAUGAGUGCGUUUCUGUAUCUUAUAUUUUCUUAACUACUGUAAGUUUUACAGUAAAUUGU